CCAGCUUACACGUAUUUCGUUUCAGCCAAUCAGAAAAAGCCACGCUUGUUAUUUCGGGACAACAACGUGUUGACAGAAAACCGGCAGUUGAGUGAGAGAUUGAGAGAAGAGGAGAAACAAACGACAAUGAACAUACUUUUGUUGGCGGUGGCGGUGUCUUCUGCUUCAGCUUUAUACUCUAGUUCUGAUGAUGUCCUAGAGUUAACUCCCUCUAAUUUCAACAAAGAAGUUAUCCAAAGUGACUCACUUGUCUUUGUGGAGUUUUAUGCACCAUGGUGUGGACAUUGUCAACAGCUGGCUCCAGAAUGGAAAAAGGCUGCAACUGCCCUGAAGGGUGUGGUGAAAAUUGCUGCAGUGAAUGCUGAUGACCACCAGAGCUUGGGAGGGCAGUAUCAGAUUCAGGGAUUCCCAACCAUCAAGGUGUUUGGAGCCAACAAAAACAGUCCAUCUGAUUAUCAAGGGGGAAGAACAGCUGAUGCUAUUGUAAGUGAAGCCAUGUCCAAACUGAGAAGUCUAGUUCAGGACAGACUGAAGGGUAGAGGAGGAUCCGGGGGUAGGAGUGGUGGAAGUGGUGGUGGAAAAUCUGGCGGUGGUGGCAGUCCUGAUGAUGUGGUAGAGCUGACAGACAGUAACUUCCAGAAGCUGGUGUUGGACAGUGAUGAUAUGUGGAUGGUUGAGUUCUUCGCACCGUGGUGUGGACACUGUAAGAAUCUGGCCCCACACUGGCAGAGUGCUGCCUCAGAAAUGAAGGGCAAGGUCAAGUUUGGAGCUCUGGAUGCUACAGUGCAUUCUGUCAUGGCUAACAGAUACGGAGUGAGAGGAUACCCCACCAUUAAGAUGUUCCCUGCAGGUAAGAAGGAUGGGGAGGCUGAAGACUAUGAUGGAGGAAGGACCUCCUCAGACAUCGUUAACUGGGUCACCGAGAAAUUCGCUGCCAACCUCCCACCCCCAGAAGUUGUGCAGAUCCUGUCACAACACACCAUUAAGGAGAACUGUGAAGAAAAGCAGCUGUGUGUUAUUGCUGUGUUACCCCACAUCCUGGACUGUCAGUCUCAGUGUAGGAAUGAUUACCUACAAAUCCUCAAGGAUAUGGGAAACAAAUUCAAGAAACAGCCCUGGGGCUGGAUAUGGACAGAAGCUGGUCAGCAGAUGGAGCUAGAGUCAUCUCUUGGUAUUGGUGGAUUUGGUUAUCCUGCCAUGGCAGCUGUAAAUACCAGGAAACAAAUCUAUGUCUUACUGAAGGGACCAUUUAGUGAAAAAGGAAUCAAUGAAUUUUUGAGAGAUCUGUCAUAUGGUAAGGGGGCACCUGUUCCACUGAAAGACUCCAAGAUAGCAAAGAUAGAGAAAGCAGAGGAGUGGGAUGGCAAAGAUGGAGAGCUACCAGUAGAAGAGGAUUUAGAUCUGAGCGAUAUUGAUUUGGACGAUAUGAAGGAUGAGUUAUAGAUUUAAAUUGUCAUGUGUGGAUUAAAUGUAUUGUGUGUGGAUGUGUAUAUAUGUGUUUACAAGAGAGCAUGACUGCUGAAAAUGAAUAAAUGCCAUUUGUGAAAUGAAACUGUGUUUAGUUUCAUUCCUUAAUGUGCGUAAUUGUGGAUUAAUAUUCAAUCAGUUAUUUUUUUACUCUCCAUUAUGUGGAGUCAUGAAUGAUCUGUUGUUUGUGGAAGAUGUAUAUUUUUUGAGAUCAUGUUAAGUAUUUGUGUUUGACUUAAUUAUACUUUUGUCUGUGAAAAUCCAAUGUGGGAAAACCAUCUGUAUCUUAUUGUUACAUGUACAUGACCAGAAGGAGAGAUGUUAGUUGCUGAUUUUGUCAAAAUGAAUUCAUCUGCUUUAUGACCAUUAAUUUAUGACGUAAAAUAAAAAUUGAAAACCCAAA